GCGGAAGGGGCGGUGGCAGCCGCCCCGCCCGAGGUGCCUCGCCGCCCGGCCCCCCGGAAACACCGCCUGCAACCGCCGGUGCCGGCAUGGCGGCUGCAGAGGACGAGGCCGUGAUUUUGGCCUGGAUGGACCAAGCCCUCGACGUGGCUAAAGAGGCGCUGGAGAACGGGGAGGUUCCCGUCGGGUGCCUCGUGGUGCAUCACGGCGAGGUCGUGGGGCGCGGCAGGAACGAGGUCAACGAGACCAAGAAUGCUACUCGACAUGCGGAAUUGGUGGCAAUUGAUCAGGUCCUGGACUGGUGCAAGCAAAAAGACAGAGAUUAUACAGAAGUGUUUGCAAACUCCAUAAUGUAUGUAACAGUAGAGCCUUGUAUCAUGUGUGCAGCUGCCCUGCGUUUGAUGAAAAUUCCACGGGUCAUAUAUGGUUGUCGAAAUGAGCGAUUUGGAGGCUGUGGCUCAGUUUUGAGCAUCUCGUCUGAUGAUAUGGUGGACUCAGGAGAACCAUUUGAAUGCGUUUCUGGCUAUCGUGCCAAAGAAGCAGUGGAAUUGUUAAAAGCUUUCUACAGGCAAGAAAAUCCCAAUGCACCAAAAUCCAAAGUACGGAAGAAGAACAAUCGUAAUUAGCCCUACACCGAUGGGAGACAGAAACUUCCCAAAAAUUAUAUGUGAAGGUUUCUUCAGUGUCCUUCUCUUUUAAAACAUACAGUUAAAUUAUGUAUAAUGUUCUGUACAGAGUUUUUACUAAUAGGAUAUUUACUACCUGUUCCUGCAAUUUUAUGAAUGUAAUUUCUUUUAUUGUGACCAAACAGAUGAAUAAGUGGCUGUUUCUAGACAGAGGAAAAUUUAUGGUUUAAGUUCACUUAUUUACAGCCAGAUGUAUUUUUUCAUAGCACUGGUUGGCUCCGUCAUUUCCACGUACUGUGCUUGGCCAUGCAGUAAUUUAUAAUCCAGAAGAGGGCCUUACAGUUCCACUAAUGAACUAAGAAUACAAGUUCAGUUGAAUCUUGAUUGUGUACCUCUUAGUAGAUACUUCUCUUAAGCAACAAACUGUUAGUAUUUUUUUUUUGGCUGAUUUCAGACAUUUGAGAAAUGCCCUGACUUUUUUUAAAUGUGAAAAAGAGUGGCUCAAAUUGUAUGACUAUAAAAACUGAAUACAAUGAAACCUUUUAAAUAUUUAAAUAAAUGCUUUCAGAAGUGUUUUAAGAAGAGCAUUAAAAGCAAUAUUUUGUUACCAUCACU